GUCCCCUUGCUCUCUUCGUCCCACUCCCGUUGAGCAGAGUCUGACGAAGCACCAAAAUACCCUAUCAAUGGCUUGCACAGGCUAUCCCCUCCUCUCUUCUACUCUCUACGGAGGCACCCAACUCCACCCCAGAAGACCCAAAACCAAAGCGUUUGUCCCCCACUUAUUCCAUCAUCCCAGAACAAGGCCCAAUUCCGUCCAAUCCUUCCUCCUCCCUCCCCGGAAUAAGAAAUCCAGGAAUUCCGAGAAUAAUUCGAACUCCGAGUUAACGCCUUCCGUGAACGCCGCCGUCGCCUCCUUCCUCCUCUCCACCCUCGCCCAGCAGCAACCCCUCUCACCCGCCCUCGCCGACGACCUAUCCCCUCCCCCGGACUCCCCUCCCGUCCAAUUGGAGUCCGCCACGAAGCCGAGUGCCCCUUCGAGUCCCUUCUCCCAGUCCCUCUUGACCGCCCCCAAGCCCCAGACGUCCCCGGACCUCCCCGAGGGCUCCCAGUGGCGCUACAGCGAGUUCCUUAACGCCGUCAAGAAGGGCAAGGUGGAGCGUGUCCGCUUCAGCAAGGACGGCGGCGCCCUCCAGCUCACCGCUGUCGACGGCCGCCGCGCCACCGUCGUCGUCCCCAACGACCCCGACCUCAUCGACAUCCUCGCCAUGAACGGCGUCGACAUCUCUGUCUCCGAGGGCGACGGCGGCAACGGCCUCUUCGCCUUCAUCGGCAACCUCCUCUUCCCUUUCCUCGCCUUCGCCGGCCUCUUCUUCCUCUUCCGCCGCGCUCAGGGCGGCCCGGGAGGGGGCCCUGGGGGGCUCGGUGGCCCCAUGGAUUUCGGCCGCUCCAAGUCUAAGUUCCAAGAGGUCCCGGAGACCGGCGUCAACUUCGCCGACGUCGCCGGCGCCGACCAGGCGAAGCUCGAGCUCCAGGAGGUCGUGGAUUUCUUGAAGAACCCCGACAAGUACACCGCCUUGGGCGCCAAGAUCCCCAAAGGCUGCCUCUUGGUCGGUCCUCCCGGCACCGGAAAGACUCUCCUUGCCCGGGCCGUGGCCGGCGAGGCCGGGGUGCCCUUCUUCUCCUGCGCCGCCUCCGAAUUCGUGGAGCUCUUCGUGGGAGUUGGAGCUUCUCGGGUCCGGGAUUUGUUCGAGAAGGCCAAGUCGAAAGCCCCCUGCAUUGUCUUCAUCGACGAGAUUGAUGCGGUGGGGAGGCAGCGCGGUGCCGGUCUCGGAGGUGGGAAUGAUGAGAGGGAGCAGACUAUCAAUCAGCUCUUGACGGAAAUGGAUGGUUUCUCGGGGAACAGUGGGGUCAUCGUUCUUGCAGCCACCAACAGGCCGGACGUGCUCGAUUCUGCUCUGCUGCGGCCCGGCCGGUUCGACCGCCAGGUCACCGUCGAUAGGCCUGACGUCGCCGGCAGAGUCAAGAUUUUGCAGGUGCAUUCUAGAGGAAAGGCGCUUGCGAAGGAUGUAGACUUUGAGAAAAUUGCUAGGAGAACUCCUGGUUUCACAGGAGCUGAUCUACAAAACCUGAUGAAUGAAGCAGCUAUUAUUGCAGCCAGACGUGACCUUAAGGAGAUAAGUAAAGAUGAGAUUUCUGAUGCUCUGGAGAGGAUAAUUGCUGGGCCUGAGAAGAAAAAUGCAGUUGUAUCAGAAGAGAAGAGGAAACUGGUGGCAUAUCAUGAGGCUGGGCAUGCCCUUGUUGGUGCACUCAUGCCUGAAUAUGACCCUGUUGCCAAGAUCUCCAUCAUUCCUCGAGGUCAGGCUGGUGGACUAACAUUCUUUGCUCCAAGUGAAGAAAGGCUUGAAUCUGGACUAUAUAGCAGGAGUUACCUUGAGAACCAAAUGGCUGUUGCCCUUGGUGGAAGGGUAGCUGAAGAGGUGAUCUUUGGAAAAGACAAUGUGACAACAGGAGCUUCAAAUGACUUCAUGCAGGUUUCGCGCGUGGCAAGGCAAAUGGUUGAGAGGUUUGGCUUCAGCAAAAAGAUCGGGCAGGUAGCCAUUGGGGGACCCGGUGGAAAUCCAUUCCUGGGCCAGCAGAUGUCAUCUCAGAAGGACUAUUCCAUGGCAACAGCUGAUGUGGUGGAUUCUGAGGUGCGGGAGCUUGUGGAGAAGGCUUAUUCCAGGGCCAUGCAGAUCAUGUCAGAUAACAUCGAUAUCCUCCACAAGUUGGCACAGCUUCUCAUUGAAAAGGAGACCGUAGAUGGGGAGGAAUUUAUGAGCUUGUUCAUUGAUGGCAAGGCAGAAUUAUAUGUUGCUUGAACAGAGAUUUUUUUUUUCUGUUGUAAUUUAUAUUCAUAACACAUUAGAGCAGAAAGGUAUUGCCAAGAGCAAAUCAAAUGUACUGAUGUAAUCAGAGAAACUUGUCUAUGAUGCACUUAGUCCUGAACCCUCACUGAUCACAAACGGUUAAUUUCAUUGCAUGCUAGACUGAUUGCCGACCUGUUC